AUAUAAAAAAUUCUCUUUCCGCAGGGGGAGAAACUGAUGUAAAUGCAGGUGACCAUGCAGAAUGCAGUUCAGGUGUGGUUUGGAGAUGACCUUCCUCUAAGUCCGCGAAGUCCCCUGACUCCCAGGCAUGGCCCGGGUUUGGCAGACGUCUGCCUCUACGACCAGUGGAUAUCUGUUCGGCAUGAGGCAACUCUGGUGCCUAUGCAAGAAGAUCUGUCAAUCUGGCUGUCUGGCCUGUUAGGAAUAGAAAUCACAGCAGAGCGACUACUGGAAGAACUUGAUAAUGGAGUACUGCUUUGCCAAUUAGUUGGUGUUCUUCAAAACACAAUUAAAAAAUGUUGUAGCUCAAAUAACUUAAGGAAUUUCCCUAUGAGAAAAGUUCCGUGCAAGAAGGAUGCUCCAUCAGGAUCUUUCUUUGCUAGAGAUAACACUGCCAACUUUCUGAACUGGUGUAGGACCAUUGGGGUGGACGAGACUUACCUCUUUGAAUCGGAAGGUUUAGUUCUGCACAAGGAUCCAAGACAAGUGUAUCUCUGUCUCUUGGAAAUUGGUCGCAUUGUAUCCAGGUAUGGAGUUGAACCUCCUGUGCUGGUAAAACUGGAGGAGGAAAUUGAGCUUGAAGAAACACUGCUAAUGACCUCUGGACCAACACCGCCUGUUAGCACAGCCAAGUCAUGUCACCAUGGGGAGCUACAUGAGGCAGUUAAGCAUAUAGCAGAAGAUCCUCCCUGCAGUUGUUCUCAUCGAUUUUCAAUUGAAUAUUUAUCUGAAGGACGUUACAGGCUGGGAGAUAAAAUACUGUUCAUACGAAUGCUACAUGGCAAGCAUGUGAUGGUACGUGUUGGUGGAGGCUGGGACACUCUUCAAGGUUUUCUGCUAAAAUAUGAUCCAUGCCGAGUUCUUCAGUUUGCAACUCUGGAACAAAAAAUCCUGGCGUUUCAGAAAGGGGCCACCAACGACAGCGUCCCCAACUCCUCAGCCAGAAGUCAGCAACCUCCUCCUAUGAAUCCAAUGUCAGCAAUUAGUAUGUUUCAAAAGCAGCCAUCAAAACCCACCACUCCUGUUUCUGCUCUAAAGGCUGCCCAUGGGGCCAGUGGUAAAAAAGCUUUAUCUAAAUGUCCUCAGACCCCUGCCCUGGCAUCCCCAAAAGUGCCAUCACACCCAUCCUCUACAGCCAAACCGGUGUCAGCCAGGUCCAGAUUGCAGGGGGGUUUGGUGACAGGCACACAGUCUCCUUUCAAACCAGCACCGAGCACCUCAAAGAAGCUGGAGCCUCCUGCACACAGUUCCCCAGGCCCUGUUCCUCCUCGACCUGUGCCGCGUGUAAACAAGGGAGGUGCGGGAUCCAGAACAGCCCUUGUUCACUCUGAAACGUUGCGCAAACGUAUUCGGUCCCCUGACAAUCCUAAGGUGAAAUUUGCCCCGGCCCAGAAGUCACCAGGGACAGGAUCUGCCUCCUCGGCCUCCAUGAAGCAGCUGUCUCAGCUGCCUGGAACGAGCGAAACGAUAGCUUCCAAACAGAAGUGUGUCCCUUCUAAAUGCAAAUCUGCAUCUAGCACUACAGCCAAAGCUACUUCUGUUGCUCCAAAGCCUGCGCGGCCACCCAUUACAAAUCUGCAUACUGUUGCCAAAUUUGCACAUUCUCAGCAGCAUCUUGCGAAAACUCCUUCUGAAAAUAUGUUUCAGGCUUCAGGGACUGCGUCUCGGCGUCCUCCUAAAGCUCCACAAACAGCUUCUCACCAGGGACGGAACCUUAAAACUGCUUCAGUCCUCAAACACUCAGCUUCUGCACCUUCCCUUGCAGUUACUAAAGCAUCAAAAUUGCCACCUAAACUGAUGUCUGCAAGCAAAAAUGCAUCCUCAGCUGUUGAGCAGACAGCCUCAGAGCAUGUACAGGCACCAAAUGUCAGUAAAACCCCUCAGGUGGGACCCGUGUCGUCGAAACCUCCUGAACGCGCUCCCUUAUCUGUUGUGCGGCUUCCUCAGACUUCAGCCAAAGCAGCAACGACCAAAAAGGCAGCACAGCCUUCUGCAAAAGGUCAGCCUGCAAACAAAAACCUGCAAGCAAAUGAAACUCCUGUCCCAGCAACCAAGAAGGCUCUUCUCUCUAAAGGCAAAUUGGCAGCAGCAAACAAAGGGAUGCCUGGCGUAUCCAAAGGCCCUCUUGCAAAGAGCAGACAAGAUGAUCACUAUUUUGUUAUGACAGGGAGUAAAAAGCCCAGAAAGUAAAAUACUUGCUACCUGCAUGUGGAAGUUUUAAU